AGUUAAUAAAAUUAAAUCAGGCCUUGCUGGACAAAGCACGGUUUACAACGGCUUUGCUACCAUAAAAUGCAGAGGUCAACCGUUAAAUGGCGGCCGCAGAAGCAGUAACAAAACGCAACCGUAAUGAAUGACUUGCAGCGAGAAUCAUAAAAUGUCUUAGUGAUGUGAAUUUUGUCAUUUACGCGGUUCCAACUUGUGGUCAUACUUACAGCGAGACGAGGGAAUUGUAAUUUUUCUGUCAAGAAAUCAAAAAAAAAAAGCAAUUAAAAAACCUAAAUUAAAUUUACAUAUUUAUUUGGCUCACGCGUUAAACGUAGAAGUAAAAGCAAUAGCAAACAAGCAAUUGUGCAUAAUCGCGGGAGUGAGUGUGUGCAAGAGAAAACCAAACCCAAACAGCCAGUAACUUAUAAAUACAACAAACACAACAACACAAUGAUGAAAAUGGACACGGACAAAAUAAUGGAUGAGACCAACUCCAAUGCCCAAGCUUUCACCACAACAAUGCUGUACGACCCGGUGCGCAAGAAAGACUCAUCGCCCACAUAUCAGACAGAGCGGGAACUCUGCUUUCAAUAUUUCACACAGUGGAGCGAGUCGGGUCAGGUGGACUUUGUUGAGCAGCUGCUAUCACGCAUGUGCCACUAUCAACACGGACAGAUCAAUGCGUAUCUGAAGCCAAUGCUACAGCGGGACUUUAUCACAUUGCUACCAAUCAAGGGUCUGGAUCACAUUGCCGAAAAUAUUUUAUCGUAUGUGGAUGCCGAAUCGCUCAAAUCGGCCGAGUUGGUCUGCAAGGAAUGGCUGCGCGUCAUAUCCGAGGGUAUGUUGUGGAAGAAGCUCAUCGAGCGGAAGGUCCGCACGGAUUCGUUGUGGCGUGGCCUGGCUGAGCGACGCAAUUGGAUGCAGUAUCUGUUCAAGCCACGACCCGGGCAGACCCAAAGGCCGCACUCAUUCCAUCGCGAGUUGUUCCCCAAAAUAAUGAAUGACAUUGACAGCAUUGAGAAUAACUGGAGAACUGGUCGUCACAUGCUGCGACGAAUCAAUUGUCGUUCCGAGAACUCCAAGGGUGUCUAUUGCCUGCAGUACGAUGAUGGAAAGAUUGUGUCCGGCCUAAGGGAUAACACCAUUAAGAUCUGGGAUCGCACGGAUCUGCAGUGCGUCAAGACCCUCACAGGACACACUGGAUCGGUGCUAUGCCUACAGUAUGAUGACAAGGUGAUCAUCAGUGGCUCCAGCGAUUCGACGGUGCGCGUUUGGGAUGUCAACACUGGCGAUAUGGUCAAUACACUCAUUCAUCAUUGCGAAGCGGUGCUACAUUUGCGUUUCAACAAUGGCAUGAUGGUGACUUGCUCCAAGGAUCGAUCCAUUGCCGUGUGGGACAUGACCUCACCCAGCGAGAUAACAUUGCGUCGUGUACUCGUCGGCCAUCGGGCAGCCGUCAAUGUGGUGGACUUUGAUGAGAAGUACAUUGUGUCAGCGAGCGGGGAUCGCACCAUUAAGGUUUGGUCCACCUCCAGCUGUGAGUUCGUGCGCACUUUGAAUGGCCACAAGCGUGGCAUUGCCUGCCUGCAAUAUAGAGAUCGUUUGGUUGUCAGCGGCAGCUCAGAUAAUUCCAUUAGACUCUGGGACAUUGAAUGCGGCGCUUGCCUGCGUGUCCUGGAGGGCCACGAGGAGCUUGUACGUUGCAUUCGUUUCGAUACGAAACGCAUUGUCAGCGGUGCCUACGAUGGAAAGAUUAAGGUCUGGGAUCUGGUGGCUGCACUGGAUCCACGAGCUGCCUCCAACACUCUUUGUCUAAACACACUUGUGGAACACACUGGUCGCGUCUUUCGGUUACAAUUCGACGAGUUUCAAAUUGUCAGCAGCUCACACGAUGAUACAAUUUUGAUUUGGGACUUUCUAAACUUCACACCCAAUGAGAAUAAGACCGGCCGCACGCCGUCACCGGCCCUUAUGGAACAUUAACAGUAUGUUAACCGGCAUUGGCGCGAGGAUCAUCUACUUUCCUCGAGCGAUGAUGACGACGGGGACGAGUAUGAGGGUUAUGAUACUGAUGAGGAGAUGCAUUUGAAUGCGAGAAGAAGAAAUCGUUGGAAUAGAGAUGCCGGCGAUAUAGACUCGGACACCGAUUCCGAUCCCGAUAUAGAUUUGGAGAAUUAUGAAUACGACAUAGAUAUUGAAAACUUUGAUGAUUACGAUGAAUGAAUGAAUGAUAAUUAGCCAGCAAUUAAACAGCAAAAACAAAACAAAAGCGUACAGCAUGGAGAG